AAAAUUCAAAUAAAUAAAUAAAAUUGUUGUUUAUAAUUCAAAUAAACAACCGAAAAAAAGGAAUUAGUGUAAAAAUAAGUGAAAUUAUUGUUAAAGUCAUAAAAUAAUUAUUCAUACCCAGAAAAAAAAAUAAAGAAAGAAAAAAAUAUAAUCAAAUAAAAAGUGUAAGUGAAGGAGAAAAAAAAAUAUAAAACAUGAUUUAUGGUGAUUGUUAAAUGUCACUUUAUAAUUUAUUACACUCUGUGUUAAAAGUACUGGAUUUAUGUGCACAAUUGAACAAACAAUAAUAAAAACAACAACAAUUUUAAAUGCUAAAAGAGUUACGACGAACGAGCCUGUUGUACGAGCAGCAACGGCCUGAUGUGAUACGCAUAUCAACGUCAACUCAAACGAGGGGGUAAUAACUAAAAGGAAACUUAAAAUAAUAACCAUAAAAAAAGCAAAACAAAAUUGAAGUAAAUAAAAACAUAACAAGCUGCAUCUACCAACUACCAACGACCAAGUACCGAAAAAUAAAGAAAACAUAUAAAAAAAUCUCUACAAGCACGUUUGUCAGCCAAAAAAAAAAAACAAAAAAUAACGAGAACUACAAUUUCUGUAACAAACACUGGCAAAAGGAUAACGAAACAGUAACCAGCUUGUAAAUGCUGAGUUUUUUCCUAAAAACCAUACCUCUUUUGAAUAAAGACAUUCGACCAACAGCCAACAUCGAGUCAUUGUAACACCACCCCACCCACUGAUUCCUUGUUGUUUGCUUGUAUGAGAAGACAUUGUCGCCCAAGGAUAAGCCGGCAACAACGUUGGGUUUUAUAAAGCGUCGAACGCAAGAUGUCAAUGCAAAAAUUGACUGAUGCCACCAAUUCCGGUUAUGUCAGUUCUGAAGAAACCGAUUCCCUUUUGGUCUCCAAUACACCCAAAUGUAAAUCGUCGGUAUUGCGACAAAUAAAAAUGAAUUCCGCCAAUGGACCAACAACGAACAAUAUGACUUCCACAGCAUCGACAAAGCCCACGUUGAUGCGACAGGAUCGUACCUCAACAUAUCUAACCAGCCCUCAGCUAUCACAGACCCGCCUGGGUUCGGACGAAAGUGAGCGUAGUGCCCAUGUGGCUGACGAUGAUGUUGAACAGGGUCUUCGACCAACCACAGUGCCUGACAUAGAAGUCUAUCAAGAGGACCAAGAUCACAAUCAGAAUCAAAAACAAUCGUCACAGCAUCACAACCAGCAAGCGCAAAAUCAACAGCAACUAACGGCAACAGCACCGACAUCACAAUCGUCAUCCUCGGCGGCGCACGGUCAUCAGUUGCAACAGCAACCAACCAUAUCAAUAACGAAUUUAAAUAAUCAUGGCUAUCCAGAGAACUCGAAUUUGGGAACAUCAUAUCAGAAUCUAUCAACUAGUCCUAUAUCUCCGAGUGCCCAAACACGCUGUCGUGCCUGCAGAAACUGCAGUAGGCGUGCCUCAACUACACCCAUAUCGACCACAGGUCAAAUGGAUCGUUCAACUUCACGUGAUAGUGUUAAAAGUGCCUUUCAACAAGGAAAUAUGGGUAGUUCCCUGAUGCCAUACGGUGGCUCCAACAAUGCCCUGCCGCUCAAUGUGCCGCCGGUUUUGGUAACCUCUUCGCCAACCAACGGUUCCAGAAUAAUACGUCAAAGUUCCCAACCAGAAUCCAGUAAUCUGGCCAUAUGUUGUGGUGCCCACAACAGCUGCGGCCACUCCCACACCGUGCCUAAUGUUUCCCUCAAACAGCUGCGUACCGAGCCGAGUCAAAGUGAUGGCAUUGCGGGCAUAGCAGCCGAUUCUCUAAGAAUCAAUGGUGGCAUGAGACCAUUUAAGCAGCUCCGCAAACCAGCAUCCACUCUCUCAAUUCCUGGCUCGAUGAAAACACCUUCCAUUGCGAAUCGGGAACAGAUCUCAUCAGGAUGCAACGAAGAAGCAGCAGAGGCGUUAGUUGGCAUAAAUACCGACUAUCCAAGGUAUGAAAUGUAUAUGGAGGAACGUGCUUUAACAGGCGGUAAUACAUCCCGGAAGCCCUCAACAAACUCCGCUAAACACAAACCCAAUGUCGGUUAUCGACUAGGGAAACGUAAAGCUUUAUUUGAAAAGCGUAAACGCAUAAGUGAUUACGCUCUAGUCAUGGGCAUGUUUGGUAUUGUUGUGAUGGUUAUCGAGAAUGAAUUAAGCAGCGCUGGGGUAUAUACAAAGGCAUCCUUUUAUUCCACAGCGCUUAAAACAUUAAUAUCGGUUUCGACUGUGAUUCUUUUAGGUCUUAUUAUAGCUUAUCAUGCUUUGGAAGUGCAGGUGAGAUUAUUUAUGAUUGAUAAUUGUGCUGACGAUUGGAGGAUCGCUAUGACAUGGCAACGAAUUAGUCAAAUAAGUUUAGAACUUUUUAUAUGUGCAAUACAUCCAAUACCUGGUGAAUAUUAUUUUCAAUGGACUACGAAGUUGGCGAAUAAAAAUAAAACAAUGGGCACCGAAAUGGUGCCAUACGAUGUAGCUUUAUCAUUACCCAUGUUCCUUCGUUUAUAUUUAAUAUGUCGUGUAAUGCUUUUACAUUCAAAACUAUUUACGGAUGCCUCAUCAAGGAGCAUAGGUGCUCUUAAUAGGAUAAAUUUUAAUACCAGAUUUGUUCUAAAAACAUUAAUGACAAUAUGUCCGGGUACGGUGUUACUAGUAUUUAUGGUGUCUUUAUGGAUUAUAGCAUCAUGGACGUUGCGGCAGUGCGAAAGAUUUCAUGAUGAAGAACAUGCAAAUCUUUUGAAUGCAAUGUGGCUGAUAGCAAUAACAUUUCUGAGUGUUGGUUUUGGUGAUAUUGUUCCAAAUACGUAUUGUGGACGUGGUAUCGCUGUUAGUACAGGAAUAAUGGGUGCCGGUUGUACGGCUCUUCUAGUAGCGGUUGUCUCCAGAAAAUUGGAAUUGACAAGAGCGGAAAAACAUGUGCACAACUUUAUGAUGGACACACAGUUAACAAAAAGGCUGAAAAAUGCUGCGGCGAAUGUUCUUCGUGAAACUUGGCUCAUUUACAAACAUACAAGACUAGUAAAACGGGUUAAUCCCGGACGUGUAAGAACCCACCAAAGAAAGUUCCUUCUAGCAAUUUAUGCGUUACGAAAAGUUAAAAUGGAUCAGCGUAAACUGAUGGACAAUGCCAAUACGAUAACAGAUAUGGCCAAGACACAAAAUACAGUGUAUGAAAUAAUAUCAGACAUGUCAAGUAGACAAGAUGCCAUAGAUGAACGUUUAACAAAUUUAGAAGAUAAAUUACAAGCUCUACAAGAUCAUAUGGAGAGUCUGCCAGAUAUAAUAACACGUUGCCUGACUCAGCAUCAAGAGCGGGUGGAACAACGAAAAAACUUUUUACAUCCAGAUACGGCAGCGCAAGCGUUGCAACCGCCACACACACCAACACCCAUGUUCAAUACGCCAUCAAUGCAAUUUCCACACUCAAGGUUGGUAUUUAAUCCUUUUAAUACAAAAAAUACAACAACAACAACAUCUGCAACAUCAACAAAUCAACAAAUUCAGCAGCAACAUCAAUAUCAAAAUCAGAAUCAAACACAAACACAAUAUCAAGACCAUCAUCAACUAAACCAUUUUAACCAUUACCACCACCACCACCAUCAUCAUCCUUCUGAAACAUUGCCAUUGAUUCCUCCUUUCAAUAAAUCCAUGUUACCACAAUCACCACCACCACUGCCACCAACAACAAUGCCACCAAUACCGCCACCACGACACUUUAAUGCAAAUUUAGCAAAUUAACAG